AUGUUCCCAAUUUCUUUGACAUCUGUGGCAGAAUGGGACUGCGAGAGACGUCAGCCUGAUGGGAAAGAGUUUGAUCGAGGCAGGCGUCCUCCAAUGAGCCAGAUCCGCGCAGUUCCUGUGCGGGGCAACCUCGUUCCCACGUGGCGUCUUCUUAUCUCCAACGAGCCAAGAAGUCUGACUGUAGCAGAAAAUCCAUGUCUACUCUUUAGCUCAUCGCCCCCGUGUGGCUUUGUUUUUCCGGUGGCCUGCACACCGUUUGGGGGUGCAGAGACACGGACAUCACGCUUCGGCUGCUUGAAGGUUAAUCUCUGCCAAGGAAAAAUUAACAGCUCUGAUUAUGUGAAAAUAAAGGCAGAACAUGGCCUGCUAAUCGACUUUGAAGAUUUCAUUGGUUACUUGAUUAAUCUUUUGAAAAAGUGCAACAAAAAUAGCGAGGAUGAAGAAAUAGCAUAUACUCUGCAGUUGGACUACAAAGCUAGUGGGGAAACCUCGGAGUACUCUCUACAAGUGAUGGAGACAAAUCAUCUAAGAAAGUUUUGUCAUUUGUCAAUUUCACUAGCCGCUUGUGACGAUAAAGAAAUCAAAGAAACCCUCUGCAAAAGUUUCAAGCAGUUACAAGGAGUGAACGAGAGUUUAGGCGAAGAAGUGCGGAAAAAGACAGACGAAUUACAAACGCUGAAGAGGGAACUUCAAGAAAAAACUGUUACUUUGGAAACAGUCAAUAAAGCACUCGAGAAAGACGUUAAAAAAAUGAGAUUAGAGUAUGAUGAUACCAUUUCUAGAGAGAAAGCAAGGAUGGAUAAAAUUUUUAGUGACUGUAACGAGAAACAUAAAGCUGAAUUAGUGCAGAUGGAGGAACAACAUACACGAGUGAAGCACGAUCUGGAAUAUCUCCUGAAAGAAGCUGAAACGAAGCUGUGUGAAAGUGACGAGAAAUGUAGGGUACUGAAACUCGAUAAUGAGGAACUCAGUGGGGUCGUUGAGAAAAUGCAGGAGAUCGAAAGAAGUACAGGAAGAGAAAUAACAAAGCUGCAAUCGCAGCUCGAAGCGAAAGAUUCACUGAUGAGGGAGAGGCAAGCUACCAGAAGAGUUCUCGUCAUGAAGUACAAGGCGCUGCUGCGAGACUUCAGUCUGACUGCAGAGAAAGUGAAGACUUUACAGGGGCAGCUGGACAGUGCGGUUAAGCGAGAGGCCAAGCUCCGGAAUCAGGUUGAUGAAGGUGAGCGCAGACUACAAGAGGAGUGCGAGCGCGCGUCGGCAGCCGAGCUGCGCUGCCAGAAGCUCGAGGCGCAGCUGGAGGAGAAGAGCUCCGACUACGGCCGGCUGCAGCUGGAGCUGGCCAGCAAGGAGAGCGCCCUCCGCUCCAGCGAGGCCGCCGCCUCCGUCCUCAGCCGCCAGCUGCGGCAGCUGCAGCUGCACCAGCGCUACCCGCACGUCGCCACCAGCCGGCCACCUCUCGGCCUGGCGUCGGCGAGGCCGCAAUCCUUCGGAAGCUGCGGCGAUCACCUUAGGGCUGACACCUUCCGACGCGAACCGCAGGCAGCAACUGUCAGCGACGCCAUUUCAUCUUACUUCUCCAAGAGGCUCUGA